AAAUGGGACAGAAAGAAAUUGAGAUUGCAUGUACAGGUGUUCUCAUUUGUAUUUGUGAGGCAGGAAUACUUGACGUUCCAAGGAUUUAAGUCUACUUUUUGGUCAGUUAUUUGUAGAAAGAGACUGCAUAGUCGGCACGAAUUCUUGUAUGGAGGAAAAUGGACGGCAUGUAAUCGGCCGUCAGCAUGCGAUCAUUUGAAUUUGGCGAAACGUCCGUGCUUUCUGCUUCAAGAUCUUUCCCAGUUUUUUGUUUUACAAGCUAAUUUCUAAUUGGAAGCUCCAAGCCUGUGAAAUAUUUCCAGGUGGCGGGUUUUCGACCCGUCGGUCUUUGACCCAUACAUGCAUUUCUUGAAAGGGUGUCACUUUUAAUGUGACUUUGUGGACAGGUUUGCGUGACGUCCUUAAAACUCCGCUCUUUGAUACAAAGAUGCAGGGAUCAAAAAGCCCGCUAAGUUUCUGUACAAAUCCAGCGAUAACUUCGUCGUUGACAAGUAACACCAAAUGCAUUCAGAGAAGUUGGUAAUGGGCACUCUUGUGAUUCUGCGUGUUCUUGACCCGAGAGCGCUCAGGCGAAACCGCAAGUUGGAGUCUGUGGGCUUAGUCAUUGUUGACUGCUUGGCUGUGAUCACACCGUCUCAAACGCGACGCGGCCGGCCUUAAAGAGCAUCAGUCAAGCCGCAUCUGUCUAUAAUGUUGCCGCCAAUGUGUUCUCAUUGUCUGAGUGCCGACCUCAUCGAAGAUCUUCGACAUAAAGUCGGGCCUGUUUGGCACUAAAUCACCACUUCCGAUUUGGUUUGCAUUGAGUCAACAUUGUUGAUCUCGGUAUCUCAACCGAAGAUGUCUCGCUGCACUAGCAGUUUUCCAGUCGUUCAAGAAAGACAGCAGUGCUUCGUAGAAAUACCAAGAGAGUUUGAUCGCUUCCACGACUACCUUGGUCUAGCCCGUCUUAUUACCAAGAUCUACGCACCACCUCCCAAGCCUAGCUCUGUCUCUGAGCCACCGGAAGAUCUCCAGAUGCCAAAGCAAUGCGCGGAGCCGGACCAGGACACCAGCAACAUCGACAGCGGGCCGACCACCGGUUUCCGACCCUUCACCAUCGACGAGCUGUCCCGUGAGAGCGGUCCAUCUCGACGAGCUCGCUGGACGGUUCCCAAGCCAACCUGGUGCGUCUUCUGCAAGAACAACGGCGAGAGUGAAGCAGUUUACACCUCACACGUUCUCAAGAACAGCCUUGACAAGGUGGUCUGUCCUAGGCUAAGGGCUUACAUCUGUCCACUGUGUGGAAUCAGCGGAGAUGAUGCACACACAAUCAAGUACUGUCCAACCAACCUGGGCAGCCUGCAGCCACUUCCGUCCAAGUUCACACCUAGUAAUCUGGGCAUGUUCAUCAGCAGCAGACUUAUUCCGUCGACGGCAAACAGAGUGUCCGUGUGAAUACUACAAGUAAAACCAACCGGCUCUAUUCAGAGCCAACAAAUCCUCAAAAGAGAGAUAAUCAAUAGCAAUCAAGUUAUGAUGCUGGAUGCAACUGUUGUAAUGUCUCGUAUACUCCUUUAAAAUUAAACCCUCAAUAUUCAUCUGCUAAACUGAUUUUUUCUCCAGUAUGUAGGUCUAUCUCAUUUUUAUUUGAAACCUGCCGUAUAAAAGGUUCGAUCCUUUUAAACCUACAUAUGCUAAUAACGCAUAUGUGUUGUUCAUUUUCGGGAGUGAUGGGUCGCUUUUCGGCACAAAAUUUCGCUGUCAGGACAGGAAAUUUCUUAUUUCUGUAAACUAAUAUGCUGGUAAAUAUUUGGCAAAAUUCCCUUUUGCAGGUUUUUUCUUUAAAAAAGUGAAGGAAAAAAUCAUAUUACAUGAUUGUAUUGUCUUUGUCCCUUAUCUACUUGUGUCUGAUAAUAUUUUAGAAGAGCCACCAUAUAGUGAAAAUUGGUUCGCUUUCUUAAUCCUUUAAGGUGUUUUCAGUGUAGUAUACGACAUUCGAUUUGUGGAUUUUUACAUGUACAGUCAAACCUCAAUAAGAAAAGCACUGUAAAUACAAGGUUCCUGUUAAAACAAGGUAAUU